UUAAUUGCAAAAAAGAUUUCUCCCAAACAAAAAUUGGACCGUAUAAGAAGCGGUUUGUAGACAUAGGCGAAGCUUGGGACCGGCUAGGGUGGGCCAUUGCCCAGGCUGUGGCCCAUUUUUUUUUACCUUGAGUGAAAAAAAUAAAUAUUUUAAUAAUAAAAAAGUGAAAAUAUAAUACAAGAAAAAAACAAAGCGACGUCCUAGCACAAUAUUUCAGAGCGUAACCUCUGCUACCCACCGGCACCGCCACCUCCGCCGCCGACCCACAAGUCUCUCACCCUUUUUUCCGCCGAUUCGAGAAAGAUUUGAUUUGAAUUUAGAGAAUGGAGAACAUUGAUGAUUUGAAUGAAUUUGAAGUGAAAUUGAAAGAGGGGUUGAAUAAUUUUGUGGUGAUGGUGUUGUUGUGGAGAUGAAGAUUAGAUGAUGGUGUUUUUGUGGUGAUGUUGUUGUUGUGGAGAUGAAGAUGAUGGUGUUUUUGUGGUGAUGUUGUUGUUGUGGAGAAGAAAUUAGAUUACAAUAUCUAUGUGCUGGAAUUUGUCCCCUUGUUUGGAGUUUGGCAUUUAUUUAUCCAAAGAUAAAUGACAGUGGGUAUGAAUAAUGGUGACAAACUAUAUUUUGGCGUUUAUUAGUGCAGUGUAUUAUUUUUCUUAAUCUUGUCUUAGCGCAUGAUUAAGUGUCCUCUUCAACCUCUAAUAUUGUUUAGUUCACUAAUGAUGCUGAAAAAAAAUACUUUUAUCCUGUUUAUCCCGGAAGCAUUUUUGCCCGGAUUUUAUAACUUUUCUGGCUUCGCCACUGUUUGUAGAAGCAGUAUUAUAUCCGGUAGUAUAACUAUAUAUAAAAGGAUAGCCUAUUUUUUUCUCAAUAAUACCCUUUAUAAUUAGUGUAAUUACUUUAAAGAAAAACUAACAGUUUUAGUUUUGGGUGUUGAAAAAAAAACCUGUAGUAACUUCCACUUCCUAUCUUACGGUUAUUAAAAUUCAAAAACUCAAGCAAACUACCAUCUCCUUAUUUCUUCUUUCUUUACAUCUCCCACUCUCUUCUUUGCCUUCCUAAUAUAUUUUCCCUUUUUUUUAAUUCUUAAUUAUCUUUUACAGAAAUUUGUUAAGACAUGAUGGCAAAGUCAUGCUGGUAUGAAUUAUCCCGUUAAUCUCUCUUUUAAAUUCUUAACUCACUCUCUCUCCUAGGCCUUUAAUAUUAGGGUUCAAAUUUAUUCCCUUUAAUUUGAUUGAUCCCACAAAAUACAUGUUCGCUCUUUAAUUACUCUAUCUUUCAUCCUAUUACUCUACAUUACUCCGUUAUUUAUUGAAUUCGAUUUUGAUUAUAGUUAUUGUUUUAUGCGAUUUUUAAAAUUUUAUGGGAUUCUUUCUUGCUUUUAAGACUUAUAAUAUUGGUGGAUUUGUGUCUUGCCGAAGAGAUUGUUUCCUUUGACAGUUUAAUUUUUAUUUUAGUACCAAUUUUAUACAGUAGGAAACAAUAUGUCUGUCAACUCUGUUUAAUUUUAUUUUAUCUAUAUUUUGGUAUGUAAUUACGAUUUUACUAAGAAAUUUUCACAUUAUUCUUGGUCACCAAGAAAGGAUAGUGGGGAGGAAAGGUACAAAAAGAUAGAGAAUGAAAAAGAAAGGAAGCGAAGACAGUCGGAGAACAAUUAUUUAUUCUUGAAGUGGUUUUGGUGAUAUACUAAUUACUAAAUUCUAAGAUUGUGAGGGUGUUGGAACAAAUGUCAUUUCGGAGUAUUGUUCGUGACGUGAGGGAUGGAAUUGGAAGUUUAUGGAGUCCGCGUUUUGAGGUGAGGCUUCCUGGACAUCAGAAGGGGAAGUCGAGGAGUUCGGUCCAUGAGUUGCAGGAUCAGCCUCCUGUUAUACAGAAUGGCCUGUGGGCGAGUCUACCGCCGGAGCUUCUUCGUGAUGUUAUUAAGAGAUUGGAAUCUAAUGAGAGUACUUGGCCUAGCCGGAAACAUGUGGUUGCGUGUGCUGCGGUGUGCAAGUCGUGGAGAGAAAUGUGCAAAGAAAUUGUUAGCAGUCUGGAGUAUUGUGGGAAGAUUACUUUCCCGGUUUCACUGAAACAGCCCGGGUAUAGAGAUGGACCAAUCCAGUGUUUCAUCAAGAGGGACAAAUCUAAGCUGACAUACCACCUUUUCCUUUGCCUCAGUCCCGCUUUGCUAGUUGAAAAUGGAAAAUUUCUUCUCUCUGCUAAACGCACCAGAAGAUCGAUUUGCAAUGAGUAUGUUAUAUCAAUGGAUGCAGAUAACAUAUCACGAUCUAGCAGCACUUACAUUGGAAAGCUUAGGUCUAAUUUUCUUGGAACCAAGUUCAUAAUUUACGAUACACAGCCUCCAUAUAACAAUGCUGAUCAGUUGGCGGCUCCACCUGGACGCAGCAGCCGUAGAUUCUACUCAAAAAAAGUUUCUCCAAAGGUCCCUAGUGGCAACUACAACGUCGCACAGGUCACCUAUGACUUUAAUGUCCUCGGCACCCGAGGUCCACGCACCCAAGGUCCACGAAGGAUGAAUUGCACUAUGUACUCAAUCCCUUCAUCAUCCCUUGAGCCCGGUGGCGUUGUCCCAGGCCAGCCAGAGCUCAUUUCUCGCUCACUCGAGGAUUCUUUCCAUAGCUUAUCCUUUGCAAGGUCAAUCGAUAACUCAACCGAGUUUAGCAGUUGUAGAUUCUCGGGCAUAAUGGGAGCUAGCAUAAUGGAAGAUAGAAAUGAAGACGAGGAGGGGAAGGAGAGACCUCUAGUUCUUAAGAACAAAUCUUCAGGAUGGAACGAACAGCAGCAAUGCUGGUGCCUUGACUUUAGGGGACGCGUGACCGUAACGUCCGUCAAGAAUUUUCAGCUGAUCGCUUCAACACAGCCAGCAGCCGUCCCUCCUUGCGCAGCAACAGGACCUGCGCCGUCGCAGCCGGCUCAGUCUGACGAUGACAAGAUUAUUCUUCAGUUCGGUAAGGUUGGGGAGGACAUGUUUACGAUGGACUAUCGAUACCCUCUCUCGGCGUUUCAGGCUUUUGCGAUAUGCUUGACUAGCUUUGACACAAAUAUUUAUUAGAUGAGUGGUUCAAAUGCUUAAUUGGUUGUACCUAAAUCUUAGAUGUUGGAUUGGAUAUGUGCCCACUUAAGAAUGUCUCCAAACACACCCUCUUACUAUUUGCUUUCAAAAGUACCACUAAUGUUUAACUA